AUGAAAAGAUUAAUUAUCUUUUUUGUUAUUAUUCUUGGAACAAAAUCUGAGAGAGUGUAUCCAUGUGAUAGUGGGUAUGGCAUUAUUGAAGGCAGAUGUACGGUAUGUCCUAAUAUGACGUCUUCUCGUGGAGAUAAGUGUAGACCAUGUGAUGAUGGAUUAUUUACAAUGGAAGAAAAAAGUAGUUCAUGUCAAAAAUGCAACAAUCCACUACAUUAUUUUGAUGGAGAACAUUGUGUUGAGUGUGAGCCAGGUGCAAGAGUAAUUUCUUCUCAUAAAUGUAAAAAGUGUGAACUUGGGUCGUUUUUUAACAGAGAGACAAAGAAAUGUGAAUAUUGUCCGAUAGGGACAUAUUCAGAUAGAGAGGGGCAACAAGAUAAUUGUACAGUAUGUCCUGAUAUGAAAAUCACUUUUAGUGAAGGGAGUUCACAAUGUUUUUAUUGCCCUGACGGGACGUAUUACGAACAAGGGCAUUGUUAUAAUUGUCCACAAAAGUAUGUAUGUUCUAAUAGUGAAAUAAAAUUAUGUAGUAACCAUCAACUGUGUGUUCUUUCAACAGUUGUUAAUUGCUCAGUUUUUGGGACACCAAACUAUGAGGUAUAUAAAUGUGAAAAGAACGUAUUAUUUUAUAUAAUGAUUUCUGUCUCAUUAGUAAUUUCGAUGGUUGUAAUAGUUGUAGUUGUAAUUAUAACUUUAGUUGUUAUCAGAAUUCACAAAAAGAAAAAGGCAGAAAUGGAGAAGAUAAAGAAGAAUAUUGAGAUGUCUGAAAAUGAUCGUAAGAAAUUGAUUAAAAUGUAUCUAAAUUAA